AUGUUCGCUAGCAAGUCGUUCACAAAGUCUCUGGGUCAAAAGAUGGCACCCAGGAUCGCAACUAGUGGCGGCGGCAUUCUCAGGCAGCUCCUUCUCGUGGUUCUGCUGUGCGCCCUUUUCUCCACCCCUUGGCUUCUCAACUGGGGGUCCAAUACGGAACUUUUCUCGAGGCAAGUAACGAUUUCGGGGGACUGGCCGGAAUCCAUCACACUAGAUCAGCUCAAAGAGGCCUUGGCCAAUGCGACGGGGGUUUUGACAGCCAGUCUUGAGAGCCUCGCUGACGACGGGAAUGCGAGGGUAGUUGGCUCGUUGGAGCAGCUGAUUAGGAAAAUCCUUCGGAGCGAGUUUGAGCGGUUUGCGAACGCAUCUCAAUUGGGCAGGGGUGCUUUAACCAAGCCUCAAUCAGCAAACCCGGCAGGAGCAGAUAACUCCCUUUUAGGGACUUUGAGAGACGCAAACACGCCCCGGUUAGCGAACCCAGUAGAUGGAACCCUGUGCGGUUAUCCCAAACCCGAGUUGGCGGAGUAUCUCGCAAGACCGCACGGCGAUGGGCACCCCAACAAAACCGACGUUGCCCGAACUAACCGGUACUUUGUGAGCGGGCAGUGGAGAAACGUAACAGACGCAUGGGCUGAAGUGGACGGACAGUAUUACGUCGUUGGGAAGGAAACCGUGUGCGUCGUUGUCGCGGCAAACGGGGUCAUGCCGUGCUUGGAGGGGGAGUGCUUCUUUCAGCUGCACGCACGACCGGGAACGACGGACAUGGCUGUCGUGGCGCAGAUCCUCAGAUCCAAAACUCUGAACCCGAAACCCCACUACCAGGUGAUAGACUUCAACGAGUACGGGUUCAUCGCGCCCUUGGACCUGAAGCCAAAGAACAUCCUUGACGCUGGGGGCAACAUCGGAAUAGCGUCGCUCGUCCUUGGAAUCAUGUGGCCCUCCGCUCGUAUUGUCACGCUGGAGCCCAACUCGGAGAAUUACAAGGUCCUUACCAAAAACGUGCCGUCGCUCCCCAACGUGACUCCCGUGCACGCCGGACUGUGGUCCAAGCACGCGCAGCUGGUGAUUGAGCCGAAUGACCGUCGGGACUGGGGCUUCGUCGUGACUGAGCCGACUGUUGCGACGCCCCUGGAGCUCCUAAAGGACGCAAUGACCGGACUGUCCGUCCCCUCUGUAGUGGACCUUUUUGGGGUGACGGAAGGAUUUGACUUUGUCAAGAUGGACAUCGAGGGAUCGGAAGCGACGGUUUUCAAACCAUCCCCUGACAACGACCUGACUUGGAUAGAAAAAGCGGACGUCCUUCUUGUCGAGUUCCACGAACGGUUCGACGAGACGGGCAGCGUCGAGCUUGCGAAAAAGGGUCUGAUAGCCCACCCCCUAUUCAAACAUAGCGUCGACUACGAGUUUGACGUCUUCCUUAAUCGAGCGAGCAACCUCAGUUUUACGUAG